AUGGAGUACAGCCCUGAUGUGUUUUUGGAGGAGCUGUGUCCAGUGUGUGGAGAUAAAGUCUCAGGGUACCACUACGGUCUGCUCACCUGUGAGAGCUGCAAGGGUUUUUUCAAAAGAACAGUUCAGAACAACAAGAAGUACACCUGUGCAGAGAACCAGGAGUGCACAAUAGAUAUAAGCCAAAGGAAACGGUGUCCAUUCUGCAGAUUUCACAAGUGUCUUCAAGUUGGAAUGAGAUUGGAAGCUGUUCGUGCAGAUCGGAUGCGAGGCGGCAGGAACAAGUUUGGCCCCAUGUACAAGCGUGAUCGUGCCCUCAAGCAGCAGAGAAAGGCUUUGAUUCAAGCAGGUGGAUUCAGAUUAGACGGCGGUCCACCUCUGGGCUCCUCAACCCACCAGAGAGAUUUGACCUUUACUGGUGGCCUCCACCCAGUUCCCGUCCUUCACAGCACCUCUCUACCCACAGCACAGAACGAUCGUAUCAGCUACCAGCCUCCCACACUGUGUUCACUCCUGCCAUCCAGCUCACCUGGUGCCACCCAGUACCAGUCCUUCUCAAACUGGACCAUCAAGUCAGAGCACGCCAACAACUGCGCAAGUCCACCGGGCUCUGCUGACGAGCUAUACUUAGGACCUUUCUCUCCACAAGGUCCCAGGAUGCCUCCGCUGGUGAUGGAGUUCUUGCGCUGCGAUCCAGAUGAGCUCCAGCUGCAGAAUAAGAUCACCGCUCGGCUCCUGCAGGAGCACGCGGCCUUGGAGAAGCACGGCAACCCCAGAACCUUCAGCCUGAUGUGCCUCAUGGCCGACCAGACGCUGUUCUCCAUCGUAGAGUGGGCUCGCGCAUCCAUCUUCUUCAAACAACUUAAGGUGAAUGACCAGAUGAAGUUGCUGCACAGCUGCUGGAGUGAACUGUUGCUCCUGGACAUCAUCUCCAGACAGGUCCUGUAUGGCAAAGAGGGCAGCCUGCUCCUGGUCACUGGGCAGGAGAUGGAGCUGUCCGACAUCGCCUCUCAUGCUGGUCUUUCCUUGGCCAGCCUGGUCCAGAGAGGUCAGGAGCUGGUUGAGAAGCUCCACAUCCUCAAGGUGGACCGCCAAGAGUUUGCCUGCAUCAAGUUCCUCAUCCUCUUUAACCCAGAUGUGAAACAGCUGGAGGAGCGUCAGUUCAUAGAGAGUGUGCAGGAGCAGGUGGAGGGAGCCCUGCUGGAGUACACGCUGUGCACCUCUUCUCACCUUCUCGGGCGCUUUGCUCAUCUACUGCUUUGUUUGUCCGAGUUGCGCUCUCUCAGCACCCUCGCUGAAGACUACCUGUACUGCAAACACCUGAGUGGUGAGGUGCCCUGCAAAAACCUGCUCAUUGAGAUGCUCCAUGCCAAGCGCAGCUGGGCAUGA